GAAAUUCAAAUUUCGAACGGUCGUGAAACAUAAUAAAUAUGAUGACUAUAAAAUUUAUGUAUCUAUAUUGAAUUGUAAAUUAUGAAAUGUUAACCUAGAGACUUUUCUCAUAUGACAUCUUUCACGUGGCUUUAACAAACCUUAAACGUUUUGAAUUUUUAUGAUAUCAAGUCUAUGUUAUAUAUUGAUCAUUAAACAGAUAUUAAUUAUUUAUAUAUAGAUAUAUCAAAUACUUGUACAUAUAAUUUACAAACAAAAUGACGGUCAAAAAAAUUAAAGCAGCAACAAAAGGUGCAAAACAAAUAGUAGAAGAAAAUAAAACAACAUUAAAUUUUUAUCAGAAUAUGAUCAUUGGCGCAAUAGCAAUAUAUUUUACUGUUACAAUGUUGUUCUUUAAUUUUUCAACAUUAUCAACAACAUUAACUGUAUUUUCUGCAAUUGUAUAUAUAGGAAGUUAUCAGUUUAUGAAAUAUAUAGCACACGCAACAUAUUCAGAAUCUGGACAGCUUUUAGAUUCUGGAAUUGAUCUUAAUAUGGAAGGAGGUAUAGCAGAACAUGUAAAAGAUUUAAUUAUAUUAACUUCAGGAGUACAAGUACUUUCUCUUAUAUCAAAUUAUUUUUGGUUGUUAUGGUUCCUUGUACCAUUGAGAGGAGGUUGGAUGCUAUGGAAGCAAAUAUUAGCUCCAUGGUUUUUUGCUUCUGCUCCAGAGCAACCUGAGAUUAGUGAGAAAAAACAACGGAAGUUGGAAAAAAAGAUGGCUAGGCGGCAUUAAUAUUUUCAUGAGAAAUAAACAUGCAUUUUGAAUAAAUAUUUAAAGAUUUUAUGGGUGCAGGAUAAAAUUGAGCAAGAUUAUAAAACAAAA